GUUGGUUGAUAUUGAUAAGCCUUUUGCGACCUUGUAGUAAAAGGUCCUUAUUUUUUUUCGUACACACGCAGCGUCUUCAAUUCUAACUCUGAUCCAAGUUUCCAUUUCCCUCUUCUCACGACAUUUGCUUUGACAUAUUGUCCUCCUGGUGAAUCGCAAGGCAUGGAUCAAGCAGAGCUUGUGCGAGUUUUUCAAUUGUUUGAUCGAAACGGGGAUGGGCGAAUCACGCAGAAGGAGCUGACAGACUCGUUGAAAAACCUGGGAAUCUCGAUCUCGGAGCCAGACUUGACCCAAAUGAUCGAGAAAAUCGACGUUAACGGAGACGGGUUCGUGGACAUGGACGAGUUCGGAGAGUUGUACAAUGCGAUUAUGGACGAGAAAAACGAGGAGGAGGACAUGAGGGAAGCAUUCAACGUGUUCGAUCAAAAUGGAGAUGGGUUCAUCACUGGAGAGGAAUUGGGCGCGGUGUUGUGUUCUUUGGGGCUAAAGCAUGGCAAAACCAUUGAUUAUUGCAUGAGCAUGAUCAAGAAAGUGGACGUCGAUGGCGAUGGAAUGGUUAACUACAAAGAGUUUAAGCAAAUGAUGAAGGAGGGAGGUUUUGCCUCACCUUCGAUGCUCUGAUAUGCAUUCAUGGCUUGAGGCUUCUCUCAAACUUAUAUUGAUUCUUUUUCUCUUUUCUGCAUAGAUGGAACAACUUAGAUCGUGUAAAACAACAAAUGAUUGAGAUCUGCUCUUUGUAUACAAUCAUCUUUAUCAUAUCUCAAUGGAAUCACUGUGGGAAUACAGUUUCUGCUUUUAUCACAAUUUCUCAACUCUUUGUACCAUCCUUCAUUCCUCAAUGUCUCAUCUCAACCUGCUUUAAUGAAACCAACUUUAUCCAAAAA